AUGUCUGUGCCCUACAAAGAGACUGAUACUCAGGCAGAGGUCGCUCAUGUAGAGCGGGCUCCAGCACCAGCCGCAGCCUCCAAAGCUUCCGAUGGCCGCGACCAAGUCCUCGAGCAUGACAUCGCAGCAUUUGAAGAGCGCAAGCUGGAUUUCCGUACCGCUAUGGCCAUCGUAGCUGCCCUUCUGUCCUACGUCCUUCCAGUAGCGAUCCUUUUCACCAUUGAUGCAGAUAUCGGACCUUCGGGCCAGAUCAACUGGAUCGCAACCGCAUGGUCCUUAGCGACCGCUGUAGUUCAGACUAUCGCAGGAAGAUGCAGCGACAUCUUUGGUCGUAGGAAUUUCACAAUUGCUGGAAACCUGUUCGGUUUAAUUGCGGGCAUAUUGCACGGAUUAACAAUGGAUUACUCCAGAGCCACUUCCGUCAAUACGGUCAUCGCGGGAACUGCCUUGAUGGGUAUCGGUUCUGGUCCCCAGCAGCUGUCAUUUGCUUGCGCCAACGAAAUCGUUCCGAAGAAAUCUCGAGGUCAGACUCUUGCAUUUCUGAACCUUGCAGCUCUACCCGGAUCGGCCUUCGGAUCUGUCAUUGCUUAUGCCCUUGUUGCCAAUCUUUCAUGGCGUUGGGCAUUUUACGUGGGAAUUAUAGCGAACGGUUUCGCCCUGAUACUCAUCACUAUCUUCUACUGGCCUCCUGGCUUCGUCGGUCUCCAUCCUGAAGGCAAAAGUCGCUUGCAGCAGUUCAAAGAACUCGACUUCCUUGGGUUGAUACUCUUUGGUGGCGGCCUGACAAGCUUUCUGCUCGGCUUGUCGUUCGGGAACAACCCAUACCCGUGGAGUAGCGCCAGAGUCCUUGUUCCGUUGCUGAUAGGAGCUGCCACUUUUCUCAUAGCAUUUCCAAUAUGGGAGGUCUACUCCCCUGACACAAUCACUAAGCUAUGCCCUCCAGCAGUCUUCAAGAACGUCAGAGGGUUUACACUUCCCUUAUGUGUGAUCUUUGUUUCUGGAAUGCUGCUGAUUAGUCUUCAAGUCUUGUGGCCUCAAGAAGUUCAGUUACUCUUCACCACAGUCCCAACCACAGUCGGUUGGUACAGUUUGUCUUACAAUGCAGCAUCAACCCUCGGUGCUCUCGUCUCUGGCGUCCUGUUUGCCAGAAUUCGCAGGACUAGGUGGCAGUUCCUGGUUGUGACCAUCUUGCAAACAAUCUUCAUUGCUUCAAUGGCCUCAGUCGACCAGCACACACCACGGCGCGCCAUUGGACUCGUGAUCGUUGCAGCUUUCAGCGUUGGAGCUUCUCAAAUCAUCGGACUCCUGAUCAUUCAAUUCGGCGCCAAAGAUUGUCAGAUCGGGGUUGCUACUGGAGCCACAGGCGGCGCGAUCGCGAUUGCCAUCUAUGGAUCCAUCAUCCAAGACAAAGUCAGUCAAGACUUAGCACCAGGCGUGGCUGCUGCAGCGAUCGAAGCUGGACUUGCGCCUUCAGCUGUCGUAUCUUUCAUAGAGGCCUUGACUUCAAGAUCUGCGGCCGCGUUGGGUGCUGUCGAGGGCAUUACACCGGCGAUCAUCGCAGCAGGUGCAAAAGCUGUGCAGACUGUCUAUGCCGAUGCUUUCAGACUUGUUUACCUGGUCAGCUUGGCCUUUGGAGGCAUCUCUAUUAUUGCGGCCAUCUUUGUCCGAAGCGUCGACGAUGCUCUAACGUCACAAGUUGCGGUCAAACUGGGUGCACCGCAUCUUCUUCCGGGCCACGGAACGGGUGACGCGGGGGUUAUUAGCAAAGAGAUUGAUGAAGUCAAUUAG